CGAAACCGUUUAAACACUUAGUUGAGAAGAUCAUCUUGCCCAAUACACUUCAUUCUUACCAACAAAGAAAAAUGAUGGUUAAAUCAAUCAUUUUUAUUUGUGCAAUCCAAUUGAUUAUGGCUUUACCCACACCCAAAGAAAUCAGAAUUAAUGAAAUAUUUUCAACGGAAGAUUGCAUUUAUAAUCUAUGCAAAAAUUCGAAGACUUAUAAUGAACACCAAACGAAAAAAAUCGUGAAAGAUUCAAAAUAUGAAAAUUAUCUGCAACUUUUUGGAAAUGUCGUUGAUAAACCAGCAACCAACAUUACGUUAGAAACUAGAUUUGGAGGUGUAAUUGAUGCAAAAUCUAAUAUGUGCUCCACCAAACGUAUUACGAUGUUCCCAAAAAAAGGAUUUACCAUUGAUAACCACGAGAAAAAUAUCGUUAAUAUUCCGGGUUAUAGACAAACGGUUACUUUUGAAUCUUGUUAUGAUGGGGAAGAAUGUUAUGUAGGAAAAGAGUAUUUACCAAUUGGUGUAUCAAGUUCUUGUGAGACUCAAUUCAUUGUUGUGAGAUUGGUUGUUGUAAAUGAGGAUGACUCCUUAGGUUUAGAACAAUUUUCUAUCCCGUCUGGUUGUUCUUGUAUGUAUUCCAAUGCUGUGAGGAAAAGGUAACAAGAAAGUCUGAAAAUAGUAAAUGUAAUUUAUUUAUGUUGAUUUUUUGUAAUGUUUAAAUUGAUUAAAUUAAAUACAAAUUAAAAAAAU